GGCUGGUACUUGUGGCGCCCAGACCGCCGGGGCGCGCUCCGUAGGCUCCUGUCAGCAGCGAGCGCGGCCGAUCCCAGGGCGGCCCUCGGGCGGCGAUCGCUGCCUCCGGCUUCGCGGCUUGGCCCCUCCGGCGGCCGUCCCGGGCGGCGGGAGUUGGCGGCGGGAUGUGCUCGGCCGGAGAGCUGCUUGGCGGCGGCGGCGGCGGAGAGCGCGACGAGGACGGGGACGCGCUGGCGGAGCGGGCGGCGGCGGGGACCGAGCCGGAGCCCGGGGCGAGCCCGCGGCGGCGCGACCGGCGGCCGCAGGAGGAGCAAGAGCAGGAUAUUGAAGAAUCACAAAACGCCACUGGCGAGCCUGUUGGAGAUGACUACAAAAAGAUGGGAACACUUUUUGGUGAACUGAACAAAAGCCUCAUCGACAUGGGCUUCACAAGGAUGUAUUUUGGAGAACAAAUUGUAGAACCAGUAAUAGUCAUUUUCUUUUGGCUUAUGCUGUGGUUCCUUGGCCUACCAGCCCUUGGACUAGUUGCUAUUCUUUGCCUUGUCAUUAUUUAUGUGCAACAGUAAAAUGUGGCCGAAUGAACUACUGACAUUUGGCAGCCAUAUAUGUAAUUAGUGAAGUUAUGUAUUUCACCGCAUAAAGGCUGAAAAUUUUGCCUUGUUUCAAAUUGUGUGCUGUUUUGUAAUUAAAUUUAUAAGUUGAUGUUGUUAUAAAAUUAAACUCAACUCGAUUAUAACAGGGUUGAAUAUAUAUUUUGUAGCUUAUUCAUAACUCUUCACUACUGUGAUCUGUGCCCACUUUUAAACACUCCUAUUCCCAUGCCAAAUCUUGAAUAACACCAAAAAGUGAGCAGGGGAUGUUCCCCUGUUCACUCUUCUAAAUGUUCUAAAACAUUUUAGAAGAAAAAGGAUGAAACAAGGAGCUAAAAAUAAGUUGUAAUUGGAGAACUGAUCCCCACCUACCCCCACCAAAUAAACCCAUAUUAUCUGGGAAAUAAUUUGAAUUUCCACUGUCCCUGCUUAGCCCAAACCAAUGUAAAUGAUAACUUCUAUAUACUACCUUAAUAUUUUGAUGAAAAUCAGUAAAGCUAGCACAUUUUCUAAAGAUUGAAAAGAAAUAUAUUUAUUAUUGCUGGGGAAACUUCCCAAGUUAAAUGUAACUUUUUUAUAAUGUAAUACUUGGGCUUCGAAUCACUUCAGUAUGUCAUUUGAAGUUUUAGACAGUUUUGGUGCUAAUUACUUUUUGUGAAUUUUUAAAGUCUCAUAAGCCAGGUUCAUAGUUGGCUGUACCCCAUGGUAAUGGAUAUUUUCUUGUAUCUAACCAGUUGUGUAUUUUUUUCCUAGAGAGACAUUUUCAGUGUAUUUUUUUCAGAAAUUUAUAUUUUAUAGUUCUUUUAUAGCAAUUAUUCUAAGAUUUAAAAAAUCUAUUUCCUAUCUUGACGUGGAUAUUUUUCCCCCCAAAUUGAUUUGUAUUAUGGCUGAAAUUCUUUACUAUUCCUUUAAAAAAAAAAAAAAUCUCAUUUUCUUUGAUACCUGUGUUAGAAAGUACAGUAUUACAGUAUAAAAACAAAUGCUUAAAUUUGGAACUCAGCAGCCAAUUGUAUAAUAUUCCUCUAAGGCUAAAGCCAAAACAGUAAUUGGCCAGGCAUGUUAUUAAUGUGUCUUAAUUCAGCACUUUGGGGUUUUAUAUUGAAAUAAGCAUUUCUUUCAAUAUACUUAGAAAAUGAAAAUGGCUUACUGAUAUUUUGGAUUUUGUUAGAGAAUCUAAAAUCUUUACACUUUCAUCUGAAAGACUUUCUAUGUAGACAAAGGAUAGGUAGUUAAGAUAAUUAUCUAGAAAUUUAAGUUAAAUAGAGGAAAAAUGGAACAAUGGAGCAUUUUUAUCUUUGGCAGGGCAAUAACUAAAGUGUGUAAUGUGUUUACUAUUCUACUUUAUAAAGUUUUUAUCCAAUCCUAGUUUUAAAAUUUAUUCUAUAAGUUCUCAGUGUCUUCCAUUCCGAAGCAGAAAAAUGAUGAAAAUGUUCAAUUUAGAUUUCUAAAAUUAGAUCAUCCUGAACCAACAAUACCAGUCAGAGGGCACUAAAAAGUAUUGUGCAUUUGUAUAAAUACAGAACUUUUAAAGUUUGACUUAAAAAAAAGACUUUGUACUAUAUCAUUGUGUUUUUAUUGGAUUUGUAAUAUUUUUAUAGAAUAUUUUAUAGAACCUGGCAUAAGUGCGAGUUAUUUGAAAAGGUGUCUUUAUUUGUGUCCAGUAGAAUUGAGAGGUUUUUAAUAGAAGUCAUGAGAUUUUGUAUAUCUGCAUUUAACAUUAAAAAGUGUUUUCUUUUCUAA